GUGGGGGCCGGCGCCAUGGAGCCCCCGGCCGCCCCCUCGGAGAGGAGCCUGUCUCUGCCCGGGCCCCGCGAGGGUCAGGCCACCCUCAAGCCGCCUCCGCAGCACCUGUGGAGGCAGCCGCGGACCCCCAUCCGAAUCCAGCAGCGGGGUUACUCCGACAGCGCCGAGCGCGCCGAGCCGGAGCGGACGCCGCACCGGCCCAUCGAGCGCGCCGAUGCGGUGGACACCAGCGACCGGCCCGGCCUGCGUUCCACCCGCAUGUCCUGGCCCUCGUCCUUCCACGGCACCGGCACGGGCGGAGGCAGCGGCAGGCGCUUCGAAGCUGAAAAUGGGCCGACGCCGUCCCCGGGCCGCAGCCCCCUGGACUCGCAGGCCAGCCCUGGACUCGUGUUGCACGCCGGGGUGGCCACCAGCCAGCGCCGCGAGUCCUUCCUCUACCGCUCUGACAGUGACUACGACAUGUCGCCCAAGACCAUGUCCCGAAACUCCUCGGUCACCAGCGAGGCGCAUGCCGAGGAUCUCAUUGUGACCCCCUUUGCCCAGGUGCUGGCCAGCCUUCGGAGCGUACGCAGCAACUUCUCGCUCUUAACCAAUGUGCCCGUUCCCAGCAACAAGCGGUCACCGUUGGGCGGCCCGACCCCUGUGUGCAAGGCCACGCUGUCAGAGGAAACAUGUCAGCAGUUGGCCCGGGAGACGCUGGAGGAGCUGGACUGGUGCCUGGAGCAGCUGGAGACCAUGCAGACCUACCGCUCCGUCAGCGAGAUGGCCUCGCAUAAGUUCAAGAGGAUGUUAAACCGUGAGCUCACGCACCUGUCAGAAAUGAGCAGGUCAGGAAACCAGGUCUCCGAGUACAUUUCCACAACGUUCUUGGAGAAGCAGAAUGAAGUGGAAAUCCCGUCGCCCACUUCCAAGGAGCGGGAGGCAACACUGCCGCGACAGAAACUCUGCCAGCAGCCCCCGAGCCCGGCCCCCCAGCUGCAGUCCAUGUCUCAGAUUACGGGUGUGAAAAGGGUCACUCGCAGCAGCAGCCUCACCAACACCAGUGUCCCCCGCUUUGGGGUGAAGACCGACCAGGAGGAGCUCCUGGCCCAAGAACUGGAGAACUUAAGCAAGUGGGGCCUGAACAUCUUUUGUGUGUCUGAUUACGCCGGAGGCCGUUCCCUCAGCUGCGUCAUGUACACCAUCUUCCAGGAGCGGGACCUGCUCAAGAAAUUCCGUAUCCCCGUGGACACCAUGGUGACGUAUGUGCGGACCCUGGAGGACCACUACCACAAAGACGUGGCCUACCACAACAGCCUGCAUGCAGCCGACGUGUUGCAGUCCACCCACGUGCUACUGGCCACGCCUGCGCUGGAUGCCGUAUUCACGGACCUCGAGAUCCUCGCUGCCCUGUUUGCAGCCGCCAUCCACGACGUGGACCACCCUGGGGUCUCCAACCAGUUCCUCAUCAAUACCAACUCGGAGCUGGCGCUCAUGUACAACGACGAGUCGGUGCUGGAGAACCACCAUCUGGCCGUGGGCUUCAAGCUCCUGCAGGAGGACAACUGUGACAUCUUCCAGAACCUCAGCAAGCGGCAGCGGCAGAGCCUGCGCAAGAUGGUCAUUGACAUGGUGCUGGCCACGGACAUGUCCAAACACAUGACCCUUCUGGCCGACCUGAAGACCAUGGUGGAAACCAAGAAAGUGACCAGUUCGGGGGUGCUCCUGCUGGACAACUAUGCCGACCGCAUCCAGGUCCUAAGGAACAUGGUACACUGUGCGGACCUGAGCAACCCCACAAAGCCACUGCAGCUGUACCGCCAGUGGACAGACCGCAUCAUGGCCGAGUUCUUCCAGCAGGGCGACCGCGAGCGGGAGCGGGGCAUGGAGAUCAGCCCCAUGUGUGACAAGCACACGGCCUCGGUGGAGAAGUCCCAGGUGGGUUUCAUCGAUUACAUUGUACAUCCCUUGUGGGAGACGUGGGCGGACCUGGUCCACCCGGAUGCCCAGGAGAUCUUGGACACGUUGGAAGACAACCGGAGCUGGUAUUACAGCGCCAUCCGGCAGAGCCCGUCGCCACCCCCCGAGGACCAGCUGGGAGGCCCAGGCCGGCCUGGCCUGCCGGAGAAGUUCCAGUUUGAGCUGACGCUGGAGGAGGAGGAAGAGGAGGAGGCCUGCACGACCCAGAUCCCGUUCACACCAUCCCAGGGUGCGUUGGCGCUGCAGGAAGUACCCACGCCUGUGGAGAACAUCACAGCCACCGCCCGGGAGGCCCCCCUGUUGGUGGCGGCUGCUGCUGCUGCGGAACCGGUAGGAGUCGCAGAGGACCAGGACAAGACCUCAGGGAUGCGGUUCCGUGGCAUGCACCUGCCACAGCUGGCAGACUCCGUGUGCGGCCUCCGCAAGUCCCCGGAUGCCCAGGCCCUGGAGAGCCCCCCUCUGUCUGGCUUGAGGACCCCGCCUCUCCCAGAGGACACGCCGGGCCUGCCGGGCCUCCCCUCCACGGCAGCCGAGGUGGGGGCCCAAAGAGAGCAGCAGGCUGCCCAAGGGACUCCCCGAGACGCCCUUCCUACAGGCCCAGCCCUGCCGGGGGACCCCCCUUGA